AUGGAAGGACAAACACCGGUUGCUUAUGUGCGAUCCCAGAGGAAGUCCUCUAACCGGGACGAGUUUGAUGGCCCCCAUCAGCUCUUAAACCUCCCCUCUCCAAGAAGUAUUGCCGCAAAGGAUCAGCCAUUUCCUGUUCUGCCCAUGUCUCUAAGCUCUGAAGAGCAAAACGAUAUCUUUGGAAGGCUCAAUGAAGUUUUGUCCAACUGUGCCUUCGAUUUUGUUGCCAGGUAUCAAUUUCCUAUUCCUGUCGAGCCGGAGAAGCGUCUGGUCAUCACACCACAGGACCGAGACUGGACAGAGUGGGUGUAUUUACUCAAACGCCUAGCCACCAAGCGGCGCAUUCCAGCCAGGGUCCUUCAUGACAACCAGAUCAAGCAACUAGUCACCGUUCUUGAGAAUUCCUUGGACGCUCCCUGUACAGCUUCACAUCAGAGCAGGCCGCUCAAGGAUGAUCGAAGUGUAUUGCAAUUCAUCUCUGCUGGUACGCAAGUUGCGAGAAUGCUCAAAGAUGCAGCCGCAAUGGGACAUCUAGAUCGCCUCUAUAGCCAAACCGCAAACUGCAUCCAGGAUCGCCGUUGGACGGGAUUACCAAUCUGA